UAGCUCAGUCACAACCGCGAGUGCCAUGAUCCUCAUGCCAUCGCCACCGCCCCCCACCCCGACGUUUCAAACACCAGAACCACCCCUCGGGCGGCAGAGAGAGGACCGGAAGGAGAGACAGCCUGGUCCCAAGGCCUCGCCCGGUCCUGUGUCUCCGAGCGACAUUUCUUUCUGUUUCCCUCCUCCGCGGUCCAAGUUUCACCCAUCAGAGGCGCAUUGUUUUCAUCAUCUGAAAAAAAAAUCUCUGUCUCUUAAUAAAACACAAGAAAAAGUAGCCUUCGAAAGAAAGCACAUGAAUGAUAUGUGCUGGCGACAGUGCUGGCGGCCUCUGAGCCGUGGUGGGAGGUGGGAGCCAGCGGAGCCCCUGACCGAUCACGUGACCCACGUCUCUCCUGCACAGCUGGCUGCACCUGCACGCGGUGACACAGGGACCCAGCCUCCUGCCAGCAGGUCACCCCACCCCGUCCGUCUCCUGUGGAAGGGGCAGCGUUGCCUUCUGAGGGUGGGCUGCUCUGAGGGGCGUCCUUCGGCCGUGAGCGGGUCACAGGCAGGACUGGAGACGGGUCGGGAGGACCGGCCUGGUGGAGACCCGGGGCUUCGAGGGCGGCCACGUCCAGCAGCGAGGACAGGAGAGUCGACGUCCACAUGCGGAAGGCAGGACGUGUUUGGGGCCUGGGGAGCCAGGGAGAGGGCGGCGGUGAGAAAUGGAGCAGGAAGACGCCGGCACCAGCUUGGCCCCCGGGUCCGUGGAGACCCGAGACAGGGCGCUUGGAAGAGAGUUCCAGAAAGAAGAGGACGGGGACGGGGCAGCUGGGCAGGGGCACAGUGUGGGCACGGUGUGGGCACAGGUGGACAGGGGGCAGCAAUUUCUGGCUCAACUCCACACAGAAGGACUGGCGAAGACCCGGCCACCAGCCUGCCCGCCCCCCGCCCCCUGGCCCUGCCUCGGGGAGGAUGAGAUGGCAUUUCAACCACAGCCUGAAAUGCUCUGUGGCUUUGUGUUGCCCUGGAUGUGAGUGUCCUCAGCCUGGGUGAGCUGGCAGGGCCCCGUGUGGGCAGGAACGUGGGGGCCCCACCGAGGUGGAGGAGGCCUGGAGCAGGGGCGGCUGAGUGGACCCCGGCUGGAGGGCUGGCGUCCCUGGAGAAGAAGAGGUUGGGGCUGAAGGAGGUGCUGGCCGCGGGCUGAGCGCAGCCAGCGGGGUGCGCCUGGCCUGGAGGGUGACGCCCAGCUCCGCGCUGUGCCAGAGCUGAUGGUGUGAACUGGUGGAGAUGGGCAGCCGGCGGGGCUGCAGGCAGAAUUCACCUCCUAGGUGGUGCCUUGAGCCCCCGAGAAAAGCCAUCAGCUGGCGCUGGAACAGAAGGCCCUGGGCUCAGAGUAGGCCUGUGACCCCCACCAGGCCCCCACUGUUUGAUGCAGGGGUCUUGGGUGUGGAGUUUCAGGGAAGAGUCUACAAGGAGGGAAGACGGCCUGGGACGAAGCCCUGUGUCACCCCCACUGUUCGAAAGAUGGAGGGGCGCAGGGGGGACCCUGAGGGGCCACUCUUUUGGGUGCAGCCAAAUGACCUGCAACAUCUCACCAGGUCCAAGGGCGCAGGGAGCAUGGGUUCGGAGCAGAGCCGUCUGCACCAGCUGCAAGCUCUGAGGGGCACCUGGGGAGGGAGCCCAGGGCCCAGUGGAUGCUGCGUGGGCUGGAAGGACCCCCCCCCAGUUCUAGAAGCAUCCUGGGGCAGAGCCAGAAGAGGACCGUCGUGGACUGUGGCAGGGGGUUUGCUGGGGCUGCCAGGAGGCGGCAGGUGGUGCCAGGUCAGAGAGGGGCCUGGACAGAGCCUUGGAGAGGGCGAGGAGUGAGGCCUUGAGUUGAGCCGUGUAUCCUGGGCGCAGGCAAGAUGGCAGGUGGGAAGGGGCUUCCAACCUGAGGAGACGAGCGCGAGGACCCGGCGGGAGGGAGGAGGGCGUGAAGGGCAACGCUGGGUCUGGCCAGGCUGAGCGGGUGGGCUGCCUGGCUCCAGGGUCCAGGACACUUGGGGCGAAUGCGCAGGCAUCUGUAGCUCGGGGGUGGGGUGGGGGCUGGCCCGAGAGGAGGUGGCUGGAGGGUGGAUCCCUUCAGGAGGCAGGCACACCGAGGUGCCCAGAGGUGCCCAAGGGACUGGGCCAGGGAGGCUGUGCCAGCCUGUGCCCAGCCUCACACCCACACACCUGCACCUCGCCCGGGCCGCCCCGGCCGUCCUGUACCGCCUCUUACUCUCUCACAUCUCCUGCGGGAGCCCGGGCAGGGGGUCAGCAGGGGUCACUCUGUCCACCGACAGGUGGGGAGACGGGCUGGGGGAGGGGGCUUUCUCAGGGCUCGGGGGAAUCUGAUUUGUCUGCGGAGCUGGACGUUCAGAGCCCACCCCUGCCGGAGACCAGCCGGACCCCAGAGAGGCUCGUGUGCCAGUGGUGGGAGCUGCUCAGUGGGCAGAGGGCCUCCUGACCACGGAGCCCGCAGGCCGCAGCCUCGUCCCCCAGGCCCUAAACACUUCCAGGUCCCACGGCUCGUGGCCUCACCUGUCCCUUUGAUGGCCUCAUUCCUCGGAGCCUCUCCUCUCCUGUGCACGUCUGCCCUGGGGGUGGGGGCAGAGUCGGUGGCCAGGCCCCCGGAGGUCACCGCGUCCCUCCCCUACCUGCAGGCAGGGCCAAGCCAGGGGGCUGGGGCCCAGGCUUUGCUGCCCCGCUCCCCCCAUCCCCCAGUGCUUCCUCUGCUGGGUGGGGCUGAGCCAUUUGGGGGGGUCAGAUGGGGGAUGGGGAGACAGAGGCUGGAGGCCAUAGGGCAGGUCGAGGAGGUCCCGACAAGAGCCUGGAGCUGGUAAGGACCCCUCCCUCUGUUUCUCGGGUGUGGCUGGGGGCCGGGCUGCCGGGAGCCCCACCCUAA